AUGCGUGUUUCUGUAAAUGGUGGGACCAGUCUUGCUGACGGUCAGCUCUUUUUCUCCCACAAAAUGCCAGUAUAUGACAUCUUGACACUACAAGACCAGCAGCAUUGUAUAAUUACCCUAUCACAUGACCAUACUGUUCGUCUGUGGGAUACACGCCUACCCCAUCACAUUGGUCGUGAUAUGCAGCUUUGUGGCCGAACAUGUUUCUUCAACACCAUCAAUUCUGCAACUUCGAUCCACUCAACACUGCCUCAGAUUGCUCCGGCUAUGCGAUUCGAAUUUCCCGUCACCGCCGGUGAUGUUCAUCCUCUGGACGGCUCGCGAGCUAUUGCCCUGGCCAGUGCCGAUGGCUUUGUGCGAUUGUUUGAUCUUCGUCGCCUGUGUUCAUUAUCGAUGGACGCGUUGGCAACGGGUUUAAAGCGGGAAACGCCACAUCCAUAUCAAAUAGUUCGUCCUUUGGGUCUGGCUAGUCAGUCAAACUUCUCCCGUGAAAUUCGCCUUGACUAUGGUCCGCUAUUCAUCACCUCCGUGUGCUUUGAACCACUUCAUAUCUCCCUUAAUUUGAGUCUGCAACAAAGUCUUCGACGGCGUCGAUUCAAAUCGCAGUAUCCUGGACGGCGAAUGCUUGUCAGUCACAUGUAUUCCUCUGUAUUCCUCUUCGAUCUCAACAAACUAGAGGAGAAAAUUGAGGAGUUUUCGCAAUCUGCUGACCAGUUACCAUCAUCUGCCAGAAUUAAGGAGGAGGAGGGGAUGGGAGCUGAAGGAAGUACUGCUCAAUCAUUGGGAGACGUUGAGAGUUCUGAAAAUGUCGAGCCACGUGAGUCUAUUCAUAGUCUGAAAAAAAAUAAAAAACACAUCGGUUUUUAA